UGCCGCAACUGCGACUACCAGCAAGAGGCCGACAACAGCUGCAUCUACGUCAACAAGAUCACGCACGAAGUGGACGAGCUCACGCAGAUCAUCGCCGACGUCUCCCAGGACCCCACGCUGCCCCGCACCGAGGACCACCCCUGCCAGAAGUGA